AUCAGUUUUAAAGCUAUCACAAUUGUGAGUGAUGUUGUUUGAAUGUUCUUUGAAGUAAUAAAAUAAUAACAUGUACAAGUCAAAACAAUAUUCUAGAAUUUACUGCUUAUCCUUUUGAAACAUUACAAAGCAUUUUUUUUCUUUAUCUAAAUUUUUUAUUAUCGGUGCUUUUGUGGGCUAGUAAGGAAUUGGCUAGCGACUGUGGUUCUUUAACUGAUAACGAUAAGAUAACAUAUGUUAUUUAUAUGAAUUAAAGAUUGUUCAGAGAAAGUGUACUUCAGUUGUAAAAACCAUUGUAUGUUUCUUUUUCAAAUACAGAAACAUGUCCCAAACUCCAAGAAAAUCUAAAGUUUUUAAACUUAAAAACCAAUUUCAUGGGCUACCAAAGGAAGCUGAUGUAAAUUUAAUUGAAGAAAUUGUGCCUGCUAUUAAAGAAGGAGAAUUUUUGGCAGAGGCAGUAUAUGUAAGUGUGGAUCCAUAUGUAAGAGGUUUAAUUUCAACUAUCAACCCUGGAGACACCAUUUUUGGUUCACAAGUGGCAAGAAUUAUUGAAAGCAAAAGCAAGGACUAUCCAGUUGGAAAGCAUGUAGUAGGAGAGUUUGGAUGGCAAACACUGUCCAUUGGUAAGAAUGAAAUAAAUAAAAUAGGUUUUCCUGCACCCUGGAUAAUUCCUGAUAUUGGUAAUUUGCCCUUAUCAUUGGCACUUGGUGUUCUUGGAAUGCCAGGAAAUACGGCAUAUUUUGGAGAAACUGAAGUUUGUAAAUUAAAAGAGGGUGAAGUAUUUGUUGUUACUGGAGCUGGUGGAGCUGUGGGGAGUCAUGUUGGACAAAUUGCAAAACUUAAGGGAUGUAAAGUUAUUGGUAUAGCUGGAAGUGAUGAAAAAGGUAGAUGGAUAACAAAAGAUUUGGGAUUUGAUCAUUUCAUCAACUAUAAAACUUCCAAUGUAGCAGAGAAAUUGGCAGAAUAUGCUCCAGAUGGUGUUGAUUGCUUUUUUGAUAAUGUUGGUGGUGAGAUAAGUAGUACCAUAAUAUAUCAAAUGAAGAAGUUUGGCCGAGUUUGCAUUUGCGGUUCCAUAUCAACUUACAAUAACGACUCAGGUGACUUACCCAAAGCACCGGAAAUCCAAACGCCGAUUAAAAUGAAGUGUGUAACUAUGGGAGCAAUCAGAGUACUCGAUUAUAAAGACAGAUGGCUCGAAGGAAUCAAUCAGAACCUUCAAUGGAUAAAAGAAGGGAAAUUGAAAUAUCGGGAGACGAUUACUAACGGAUUUGAAAAUACUUUCAACGCGUUUGUUUCAAUGUUACAAGGGGGAAAUAUUGGUAAAGCUAUUGUUAAAGUUUAAUACAUGGCACAUUAUAUACAAGGUGCUCUUGCUUACUGUAACAAAACGAUAAUAAAGUGCAAUAGGUACUUAUAGAAAGGGGUUGCAUUACUAUUUUUAAAAGGCAACAAAAGUACUAUUUUAUAUAAUGUACAAACAGAUAGAUUUCAUAUUGUAGUUUUUAUCUUAAUAAAACUUUUUAAAAUAAAA